AUGGGUGCGCGCCAGGCGCGCGGAUGCGCGGCGCGGGGGGCGCGCGGGGCCGCGGGCCAGGGGGGCGCUCGCGGCCGCCCGGGCGCGCCCGCCGCCCGGACCCGCGCUCUGGGAGAGGCGGCCCGGGCCCGCGCCCCCGCUCCCGCCGCCGCCGCCGCCGCCGCCGCCGCCCCUGGGCUGGAGCGGCCGCCGCCUCGUCACCAUGAACCCCGGAGCCGCGCCCGGGAGAGCCGCGCACGGGGAGGCGGAGCGGGAGGCCCGGCGCCGCGGGAAGCGGGAGCGGGCGAGGGGGAAGGAGCGAGCGAGGAGCGAGGGCGGGCGGGCGGGAGAGAGGGAGGGAACGAGGGAAAGCGGGAGGGCGGGCGGGUGGGUGUGUCCCGGCCCGGGGACCGGCCUCCGCUGCCGCCGCCGCCGCCGCGGCCCGCCAGCCCCGGGGGGAGAGGGGUGCGGGGUGAGACCAAGGAGGAGCAGGGCCUGAGGGCACCAAGUAUCCCCUCGGGAAAGGAGUGGAAGCAGGAUCUGGGCAGAUUCCUGAUGGUCAGUCAGGUGGGACCUGUGAACAGUAUCCUUCCCAUCUGGAGACACUUCAACUCGCAAGACUAAGGCCCCCCGGAAAUGGCCCAGUGGACCAGCAGGUGUAGCCCGCCCUCUGGUGGCCCCCAUGUUUUGAAGUCCUUUUCGUGUGCCCAGGUGGAGAGGGAAGCUGGCCCCUCACCCUGCCAGCUCCCUGGGGUAUACCCUAGCCAGAGUGGGCUCAGUUGUGUCCCCCAUUUCACCUAGCUGUUGUGAUGUGCACAGCUGCUCAGGUUUCUUCAGGGUAUUAACAGAAAAUCCCUCAGGAAUGUGAGGGCCUGUGAGCUUGUCUGGAGGUGUGGAGGGCAGGGGAAUUAGAGUGAUGUGUUUCACUUGGCAGCCAGUCUUGGCAUGGGAGGGGAAAUGGCAGAGUGAAUGCUGGUUGCUGGUGAAGGAGAAAAAGGCAGUUAGCCAGGGGUCCCAAGCACAGACAGAACAGGAUGCCUGGAAUAAAGGUGGUGGUCAGAGGGGGUUUGGGGGAAUGUGAGAGCAAGACACAGCUGGGUCUGAGAUAGACUCUGGGGCUGGGGGCUGAGAUCUUACAUCAUCAGGGUACUCAGAAAUCCAAGAAGCCUUCCUGGAAGAGGACACCCUAGCCGCUUCCCUUCUACCUCCAAAAUUCCAGACCUGCCCUGGCCAGAGAACCUGGGUGGAUGGAGUAGACACAGCCCUGCGUUCAGGUCCUCCCUGGAGCCUUGAGUGUGGGGAAGACAUGGCCUCACCCUGAAAACCUGUUACAAAGGAAGAGCUACAGGACAGAGUGGGCAGGGCAGCCUUGCAUCUGCAUCAUUGGCGGGAGUGGCUUUGGCUCCUGAAGGGGUGGAGUCCCAGAGUCUCAGAUUGAUUCGGAGACUCUGGAGCCAGUGGACCCCCUGGGGAGGGCCCCAUCCUUCUAGCCCCCACAUGGAUUGCCCCUUUGACACCUGCCCUGGAUCGAGCAUCAGGUGUUACCUGGCCGGGCUGGUGGAGGCUGCUCAGCCAGGUUCCUCAUCCCCCGGGGCUGGCCCAGCCCCAGGUCCCCUCUUUGCUACUUGACCUGUGCUUGCUGAGGCUGCGUAAACCAAGGGGGAUGGACCAAGACAUGCUCACAGUCUGUGGCAUGACAUAUUUCAUGGGCAGGUCUGGUCACAAACACACAUCUUGGCACACACAGGAACAAGCUCAUUCGCACAUGGGCUCAAAUGCAUGCCAGGACACAGGGCACGCACGUGACAAUGCUGUCUGCCCAGGCUGGUUUCUGCCACCUUGGCACUGCCCUCCCUCGCCCUCUGGCUCUCUCUGGCCCAGCCCAGCCAAGUACCACCCUGCCCCUACCGAUCCCCUGGAACCCCCCGUCCCUGCCCUCCUGGUCUUGGACCCUUCUUCAUGUACAUGAACACAAAGGAAAGCAAGGGAUUGUCUGCAGGCAGUUUCUAUUUUUCACACAAACUCCCCCAGAGUCUUGGGGGGAGAGAAGGCCUGGCUAUCUCCUUUGGAACAAGGGGAGUGGAGAAUACAGAGAGGGUAAAAAUAUAAGAUCUCAGUAAAUCAGCCCAUCUCCUGACUCUGCUCUCCCGCCCUCCUCCUCCUCCUUCUGUCCCUCCCCCAUCCUCCCUCCACCUCCUUAGCGUCCCCCCACCACCCCCUGCCACACUCAGGCUCACUGCAUCCUCCUGCACCCCUGCACGCCCGCCCCCCCCCCCACUGGCAAGUGCUCCCUCCUCUGGGCCUUGCCUUUGCAGGCAGGGACAUGCAGAUGAUGGUCUGUUGCCAGAAGGCUCUGGAAUGAGUGCAAACCAGAAGGGAACAUCUGUCCAGGUCUGAGCUUGGCAUUGGGACUGAGAAAGUGAACUUUCUGGACAUUUUGUGACAAUUACAAUCAUUUUAAAAAUAUUAAAAGAUUUUUGGAGAAAUGGAGAUUCUAGCCACAUGGAUAUGGCCAGAUCUUGAGUGUUCACCAAACUCUUUAACAUUUUCUGUCUCUACAAGUCCCUUGAUGGCCUGUGGCAGGAGAAAUGAAGGUGGGUGGGUAUCCCCCAUCCUGCUUGCUUUCUAUAUGCCAAGCUCUGGCUGGGUCCCAGGUGCUGCCAAGGGGGAGCGGCUCCCUCAGCUGCAAGGAAGAGACUCUCUUAGGGAAGGGUCAGCAUGAAGGUCUCAGAGCAGGGGUCUCUGCCCCAUCCAGGGCCUCACAGGAGCCCAGCUCAGACCCUGGAGAAACCCACCAACCCAAGGCCUCAGGGAUGAAGACAUCCUACUACUGACCAGCGCCACUCCAGCCAAGCACUCCUGUUAUUCCAGAAGAAGUCAUUUGCCAUGAAUUUGACUCAUCUGGAUCUUCCAUUGCUGCUUCUCUUAGGGUCUAACCACUUGUCUCUUGCUAGCAACUCAUUCUCCUAACUCCCAGUUUAAAUUCUGGAGAGAGAAUUUGUUUGGCUUGGUUAAUUGCUAUUGUUCAAGGUACUGUGGUUAUAUAAAGAUUACUCUGAAAGUUAGCAACUUAAAAAAUAUUCCUGGGCAUAUGACUUACAAUUUGGGCAGGACUUGACAGGCAUAGCCCAUCUCUGCUUUACAUGGUAUCACCUGGGCUGCCUGAAGGCUGGGGGCCAGAAUCAUCUGAAGGCUCACUUUGUCAUGUUGCAGUUGAUGUCAGCUGUAGGCUGAGACCCUUGGGCUCUCGGCUGGGAAACCUACAUGGUUAGAUUAGCCAUGUCUGUUAUUUGCUAUGCUCUGAUGUUUGGACACCUUGAGGCUUUGCUGACUCUGGAGCGACUGCCCACCCCUCUGCUAGAGAAAGCAAAAACUGCCUUAUAAACACGUCUUUCAUAUGCCAGCCAAUCAAUCCAGAGCCCAUUUCCCCAGCUGCAUCCUUCAUGGAGCUAUUAUACUCCAGGCCCCUAUCUCCCUAAUCACCUCAGGACCAGGUCUCAGACAAUUAGAGAUAGUCCCUCCACCCCAGAGCCCACUGCGAUUAUUCUAACUAGCCCAUCCUAAACCUGCUAAUCCUGCUCACCUGUUCCUUUCCAUGGAAACUACAGUAAAGCCUCUUGCCAGUUUUCCUCUCUCUCUGCCUCCCGACUGACCCUGGUGCUUCCCUGUGUGCCCCGACCCCAUCUCCCAGAGGCAUGGUGCUCCUCUUGGCCCUUGCUCUUGGAAACUCUGUGCAUAACAAACUGUCCUUUCAGUGGCAAUCACCUUUUGUUCUUCUGUCAUGAAUAAUAAAACACACAUUUUAAAAUGAUGGUCUCUCCAGUGGCCUGGACUUACUCACAUUGUGGUGGCUGAGGUGCCAGGGUGAGUGUCCUCCAAGAGAGAGUGAGACCCAGGAGGAAGCCAUAUGACAGUUAUGACCUAGUUUCAGAAAUUCCUCAGAGCCACUUCUACUGCCUUCUGUUCACCAUGGCAACCACCAAGUCCAGGUUCAGGGGGAAGAUAAAUGGACUCCACCUCUUGACAGGAGGAUGGCAAGGUGAUGGAAGAGCGUGGCCAGCUUCAGAAUGUUCAGUCUGCCAAUCCUUCCUUUCUGGGCAGGGCUGUUCAUGCCAGACCACCCCCAGACCACUGGCCAGCCAGUGGUUGGGCUGCUCAUAGGUCAGAUGUUCAAACCCACCUCUAUGCUGCACUUGGACCUGAGCAGGAGGGGCCCUUGCCAAGGACCUGGUGCUUUAAGGGCUUAAUGCAUCUUCUCCUUCACGGAGUGAGAAAUUUGUAGGAUAAGGGGACAGAUGAAGACUUGAAGUCUGUAACACCCACCAGCACUGUUUUAGAACACACUCGGGGUACCCCGGGGCCCAUGAUUUCCUACUCGAGCAGCUCUGAACCCGCCUCUAAGAUCAGCAUGCAUUUCUUCACUGAAUCUGUUUCUUGGGGACAGACCUUAUCAGUGAUGAGGAAUGACCAUCAUUGGUGAGGGUGGCUGUCCACAGGGGCUCGGGGGAGGUUAAGGAUGCAGCCGGGAUGCACAGGUUGAGGAGAGUCCAGGUGUGUGGAUGUGGGGUCUGCUCCCAGGCUAGGGGUCAGAUUAGAGCGACAGCUGCCAGCCUACACCACAUCUACAGCAACGCCAGAUCCAAGCUGCAUCUGCAACCCACACCACAGCUUGCAGCAACACCAGAUCCUUAACCCACGAGUGAGGUCAGGGGUUGAAUCUGCAUCCUCUUGGAUACUAGUUGGGUUCUUAACCUGCUGAGCCACAAUGGGAACUCCUGGGUUUAGGAUUCUUGGCCUGUGCUCACCUUGGGCUUUGGACUUACUUUCCUCAAUCAGGAAAGUACAAUCUCAGAGUGAGAAGGGCGAGGUAGCAGCAAUGUCCCCUGGAUCAGAAUGCAAACUGAUUUAACACAUCCUGGGUCUGGCAGAUUGGGCUGCACCCUCAGAUAAGACCAUCCCACAUGCUGCACGGAGGAGGAGCAUGUGGGAGGAGGCCCUGCUACUCAGAAAACCUUGAUGUGCCAAAACCCACAUUUUCCCCUCCAAUACUGGAAACACAUUUUUCUUCCUUCCUAACUUAAUUCAAGUUUAAAGUUUCUUUCUUCUUUUGUUUUGAUCUUUUCUAGGGCUG